CUGAAGGAAAACUCUAGUUACAUUAGCAAGAUCUAAGGCCAAGAUAUCAUGUCUGAUCAUGUUAAACAAUCACAUUCAGAUUGUGAUGGUAGAACCGGGAAGUCUACACAUUCAGUUCAAUCUGUUUGGAUGGCACAUUGGACUAGAACAAGCUACAAUUCUAUGGCAGAAACACAAAAUCAUGCUCUUGGAAACAAGGAAAAUGACCAAGAUUCUAAGCCUCUCCAGUCAAUUGUUAAAAUGGAGACAAUGUCCUCUAAAUCCGUCAAAAGAUUAAGAGAAUCUGAAACUCAAACGUUUGAAGUCAUUAACAAGACAAGUUCAAGAACCAUUGCAAAAGAAACUCUAGGCAAUUGGUCCCUACCAAUGCACAAUCCUUGUGAAAAUGUCAAAACUCCCUUCCAGGAUCCUUUGGAUUGUGGCAAGACUCAUCCAUAUGACAUUGGUCGCGGCACUGUUGCAUCGAGGCCUUUCAUAGAUAAUCCAAGUCACUUAGCAUCUCAUCUUGUGCCAUACCGAGAUCCUGGCCAUUACAUAACUAAAGAAUCGGAAAAGACACAGAAAGCUUUCAUAAGUAGAUCAUUCCUAGCUGCAAAAGAAGAAGUGCCUAGACUGGGAAUGUUGGAGCAUGAACAUGGGAGAUCGGUCACUCCAGAAUUAAGGCAGAAUGACUCAUUCUUGCUAGAUGCACCCUCCACAAGCAGAAAACUUCUUCCAAAAUUUGGUGGAGAAGAGUUCCAGAAAAACCCAGGUUGUUCCUUUGUCAGGUUGUUAAAAAAUGAACCUAGUCCUUCCCAUGAAACUGAAUCAAAAGAGUUACAAAAGCUACCACAUCCUUUGCUUGAUGUAGAGACAAUGAGAACAAGCAAUACCAUGGACUCUGUAGUGGAAAUGGCUGGAUAUCGUCCCUGUGUUUCUCAGACAACCCAUAGUAUGUUAACCACAAAAGGAGCAGAUGCUGGUCUGUUUGAAGGAAAUAAUGUAAUCGGUAAUUCAAGGAUGUGGAGUAAAAUUAAUGGGAAAGCAUCAUUAAGUAAUCGUGAUAGCCCAUCUAAAUCUUUUGGUCAUUAUAAGGGAGGAAUGCAGCUUCAAAUUCAAAAUUGCCUCACAGGCAGUGAAAGAAAAGAAAAUAUAGAAGACAGAAAGCCUUCUGAAUUUGUGUUAAAGAAUGAAUCUUCAGCUGAAACUGAUACCAUGGACAUGGAUGUGUUUCAGGAGAAGAACCAGCUUUGUGGUACAAGUUCUUCUAUUGCAAAGAAGGUGAACAAAAUGGACAAAACUUCACCCCGUCGACUUGCACUUGAAGGCUCCAGGAAAGAAGCUGGACACAAACAGUUCAAGUUGGAUAUAAACUUAGAGCUGCCUGCUCCAACUGAUAAUAUGGAGGCAAGUUCUUCCAGAACUGAAAGUUUCGACUUGGGAUCAAUACUGGCCCGUGCUGAACAACCCAGUUCAUCAAGAACUGAUUUCUGUCCUGAAGGGCUUCUUGGACAUGACCCAGCUAGUAGAUGGGUUAAGCGCCUCAAAGUGAGUGCUUCCGGUUCUUUGGCUUUUGGUACUAAAAGCUCCAGUUUAGUAGGAGAAACGUCUCAUGAGAAAUCACAAAAGUUCCUCAGCCAAAUUCCUAAAGGAACCAUAGCUAACUCUGAAUUAGCAUCAUCUAGUAAACGUCAUGGUAAAGAAUUGAUGGUUCACGACAACACUGCAAACUUAGCAAUGAACUCUAGUCCUGCUUCUAUGAGUGUUAUCAAGAAAGAUCUAGAAGCUUUGACUUCUCAUUCUUGGAUUCAAAGGCUGCUUCAUGGUAGGACUACCAAUGCACCAAAGAGGCCCCAACCGGUGGUGGUUUGUGAGCCUCAAACCUCAAAGUUGGAGCUUGAUGAUUUCCAGAAGAAGCAACUUCCAAGCCUUGGUGCCAUGGCCCUCAUGGGUAAGGCAAUGAAUGGUUUUCAGCCAUGUGAAUUUCAUAAAAAAGGCCCUUUAGUUGUUUGGAACACUAAGAAUUUCUGAAAAAUCAAUCAGCAAGAGUUAUUAGGCUUCAUAUCAUGGAACAGUAUCCGGUGACUUGGUACAUUUUGGAGCUUGAUUUAAAUAGUUGGCGCUAGUAAGUAUUUUUAUCUUAUUUUUUAUUUGGAUUCUGUAUUUGCCUAGAUGGUGGUACUUUGUAUUUAAACAUAACGAUGCACAGAUACCUUGUUUCUCAAAUAAGCUACUCGUCUGGCUUCCUUCAUCUGCGUGUAUGCAACUAUUUACAACACUAAUUACAUGCCAAAGAGGUUC